CUGAGCUGUCACUGGAUCAAACUGGAUGAAAAAGCUGGACCUUCUGAGCCUGGAGACGAAAUGAAGAUAGAACAUCGCUUCUGCCCCACAGAUCUGGAGUUAUUUCAGGCUCUGGAGAGGGAACGUGUCCUGGAGGUUCUGAGACGAGAUAAAGCGCUGAGAUCCAUUGAAGCCGAGAGAAUCAGGAGGUUAAGAACGGAACUGCAGAAUAUCUGUGGGCAGGGCACCAGGAGCUUCGCUCGGCCGUACGGUCAGAGGUCGUGUGCGAGAUGUCAGCGGGUUUUAGGACAGUUUUGGGAUUGUGGAUCUGUGUGCUGUGGAUGCAGUCACCGCAUCUGCGACAAGUGUCGGGUCGUCCGGUCAGCGCAGGACUGGAAGUGCACCGUGUGUCACGCGUACAGGGAAUUUAAGAUCAAAUCUGGUGAAUGGUUUCUGGAACAGCAAGCGAAGAAAUUCCCUGAAGAAAACAGACAGGAGACCACCGGAGACAAACUAUUACAGUCUUAUCAACAGUUCAGUUGCAUUAGAGUUGUGCCUCCAACUCCUCCCCCCUUUUAUGAAGCUCCUGUGAGAAACUCAUUUCACAGACUGGAGGGCCGCACAACAUCCAAGCCCUUUACUAAAUCCAUGGAAAACCUGAUGGCGUCUGUCAGCACUCACAUAAAAAAACUUUCCAAAUCUCAGAAUGAUUUGAGUAUGGGGGCAGGUCACCUGACUGUGGUUCAUGCACUGACGCAGAACCCCGGCUGGAAGAGCCAAUCGGAGGGCGCCAUCGAUAAAGCUUGUAACCUGUGCAAAGUUCCAAGUUUACCCAACCUGUCCCAGAAGAUGUCCAGUGGCACAGAUCAGAGCGGGUCAGCGAGCCUUACAGAUGACAAUGUGUCACACACGUCUGAAUACAGCCAUGAGCAGCUGGUAUUCACGUUUACUCAUCAUCAUUUCUUUCAUCUGAUAACCGAACGCACUUCUUUCAGGAAACAGAAAACAAGUUCUGCAGACGACAGCAACAGCAGCACGAGCAUGGAUUUGGGGACUUUUGAAAACACUAGUAGUGUGUCUGGAGAAAUCCAGGUUGCCAUCGGUUACAAGACGUCCUGUUUGGAGAUAACUGUCAAAGCCUGCAAAAAUCUGAUGCAUGGAGAUAUGAAAAAGAGGAAGUGUCAUCCGUAUGUGAACAUCUGCUUGCUCCCGAAGAAAAAUCUGACUCAAAAGAUGAAAACGACAGUCAAGACGGGAAAUAACCCAGUUUACAACGAAACAUUCACGUGUGUUGUUGCUCGUGAGCAUCUGGUCACCAGUGUUCUUCACAUGUCAGUUUGGCACACCAGAGGACUCAAGAAGAAAGUGUUUCUGGGUGAGACGCUCAUCCGUCUGGAGAACACAGAUCAUCUGAACUCUGUCUGGUACACACUCGCCCCAAAGCAUGAUCAUCCACUGGGAGGUGAUGUCGAUCUCUACACAUCACAGCUGAUACUUAAAGUCAAGUUCCUGCCACAGACUGACCCACAUACUGAUGAUAGUUUAAUGGGAACACACGGGCAGCUCGUCGUUCUCAUCUGUGAUGUUUCAAAGCUGCAGUCCAUGUCAAAAACAUCUUACAUUGAGGGAAUCCUUUGUCUUUCUGGAGACAGAGUGCUGGUCCAGAGAUCUCCAGCACUAAAGAAGACCGCCGGUACCCUGCAGAUGAACUUCAACAGACUGAUGCGUCAAGAUCUCCAGCAGGCCACGUUACUGUUCAGUCUGUGGGAGAAAGGCAGCUUGAGGCACGGCAAGCGUUUACUGAGAUCAGCACAACUGUGUGCAGGAUCGUCAUGGCAACGGCUGCAGCAGAUGCCAGGCGUGUGGCAUGACUACAUUCUUCCGCUGCAUGCAGAUGUAAACAUGACUUCAUAACAGAAGAACUCAAAGUCUCAGAUACAGAUGUGUUUAAAUACACUCGAUAAUAUCCUGAUGCCUGUUUUAUCACUCAAUCACUUUUAAAUUUUUUAAUGACAUCAUUUUUUAAAACUUACAUAACUUAUUAUUUAAUGUUGUACAGUAUUUGUAAAUAAACAAAUUCACUCGGAUCUGGUCUUCGUAAAUCUUUAUUUCUAAUAACAAACACCUUUUCUCAGGGGGAAAAUAAAUAAAUCCUGCAGAUGUGAGCCUCCAUCAUUCCUACGGUCUGUUUAUUAUACAUUCUCACGGGCUUUUCCCACACUUGAGAUUGUUCACUCUUGACCCUGGGUUAGCGCGUUUUACACACGUAAAAGAGUUAGUAACUCUCACUGUAUUUUACACCUUUGGCACCACAGUUGGGCUUCACGUCCCAGGGUUUAAAAGCGUCCCUUAAAAUGACAAGAGUGAAAUGUUGCUUUACCCACAGUUAGGCAUAAAGUAGUGUGAAAGGCUUAUGAAUGAAUGAAUCCUCUAGUCUUGUAAAAAUAUUUCCUAAGCAGCUCGUACGUGAUUUGUGUAAAAUUGAUUUCAAUAGGGAAAAACAAUGAAUUAUUUUCAUAUGGA